GUUUUGGUUCUUAUCCGAGACAAAGACUAUCAUGUCAUCCACACUGUAGAAAUAAAACUUUCCAAAAUGCAAAACCCUUCUAAGGUUACCCAAGAAUCCGGCCAUGCCAUUGAUCUCGUCACGCAAAUGGGUCACUUAGCGUUUAACAGGAUCUUAUACAGCUCAAAUUCAGAUGGGUUUUCUUCAUUUAAACAGAAUCACAUGUAUUUCUCAGGGCUCAUAGGCUCGGUUGCUCAUAAAAGGCGACGUGUUACAGCGGCUGCUUCGCUCAGUUUGGGUGCUCGUAACAGCGUUUCCUCGAGUGUUGGGAGAAUUAUGAAUGAGUUUAAUAGGGCGAUCAAGUUUCAUUGUGAAAGAAUCCCGAUUGGGUUCGCUUCGGUUCGGGUUGGUUCCGAGGAUAGCAAUGGAGUGAGAGAAGAUGGUGGCGGCGGCGUUUUGGAGGCUGAAGGUUUGCCUUUAAAUGGAGUCGAAGCUGAGACCCCAAAAAAAGUUUUGAUUUUGAUGAGUGAUACUGGUGGGGGUCAUAGAGCCUCCGCUGAAGCUAUUAAGGCUGCUUUUAAUGAGGAAUUUGGAGACGAUUAUCAGGUGUUUGUUACUGAUUUGUGGUCGGAUCAUACACCCUGGCCAUUUAAUCAGUUACCAAAGAGCUAUAACUUCUUAGUUAAACAUGGGUCAUUAUGGAGAAUGACUUAUUAUGGAACUGCUCCUCGGGUGGUUCAUCAAUCCAAUUUUGCUGCAACUUCAACGUUCAUAGCUAGAGAGGUUGCCAAAGGGUUGAUGAAAUACCAGCCAGACAUUAUUAUCAGCGUACAUCCACUGAUGCAGCAUGUCCCACUUCGUAUUCUGAGGGCAAAGGGUCUACUGCAGAAGAUAGUUUUUACCACGGUGGUCACUGACUUAAGCACUUGCCAUCCUACAUGGUUUCAUAAACUUGUAACAAGAUGCUAUUGCCCAACAGCAGAAGUAGCAAAAAGGGCAUUGAAAGCUGGACUUCAACAAUCCCAAAUUAAGGUUUACGGCCUUCCAGUGCGACCUUCUUUUGUGAAGCCUGUUCGGCCGAAGAUUGAGCUGAGGAGAGAAUUGGGAAUGGAUGCUGGUCUUCCUGCUGUUUUGCUGAUGGGAGGAGGAGAAGGAAUGGGUCCCAUUGAGGCAACUGCUCGUGCACUUGGAAAUGCAUUAUAUGACGAGAACCUUGGGGAGCCGAUAGGCCAGGUUCUUGUGAUUUGUGGCCGUAACAAAAAGCUUGCCAGCAAAUUGCUUUCAAUCGAGUGGAAAAUUCCUGUCCAGGUCAAUGGAUUUGUCUCCAAAAUUGAGGAAUGCAUGGGUGCUUGUGACUGCAUUAUUACAAAGGCUGGCCCGGGGACUAUUGCUGAGGCAAUGAUUCGAGGUCUUCCUAUAAUUUUGAAUGGUUACAUUGCUGGGCAGGAAGUUGGGAAUGUUCCAUAUGUGGUGGAGAAUGGGUGUGGGAAAUUUUCCAAGUCACCAAAAGAGAUAGCCAAUAUAGUUGCCCAAUGGUUUGGACCAAAAGCAGAUGAACUGAAGAGCAUGUCUCAAAAUGCUCUGAAGUUGGCAAGGCCCGACGCAGUUUUCAAGAUUGUCCAUGACCUUCAUGAGCUAGUUCGACACAGAAAUUUUGUACCCCUAUAUUCUUGUACUACGUAAUGCAUUAGAAAAUUGAAAGCCAUGAGCUUCCACUUUUGGAAUG